AUGGCAUGUAACCCCUUGCCGUACAAAUGGGAACUUGACCCGAUAGCUUGUCAAAGAUGGAUUUCAAGCACCGAGGCAGUGUUUGUAAGAAGCAGAUGUGAAGUGGAGGAUCAAGUGGUGUUUGCUACGGGCCUCCUACAACUCCAAGCAAAGGAUUGGUGGGACACACAUUCGAAGGAAUUGGGGGAUGACAAAAUUCAAGAAGACUUCUUACGUCUUCGACAAAAGGAUGAAACGAUCGACGAAAUAACGAAUAAAUUCCUCGAGAAGGUGAAAUUUUGUGGGGAGAUAGCGGGGACUGAAAGGUUGAAAAUCAUACGUUAUCAUGCUAUGUUAAAGGCUGAAUAUCGAGAGUUUGUAAAUCCCUCCAAGUGUGCAACGUUGAAUGAAUUAAUUGACUGGGCAAGAGAUAGGGAGAUCGAGUUAAGAAGGCAAGUUGAACGGGGAGAGAAAAGGGUGGCGGAGAAGCUCACCAACACAAACCCAUCGAAAAAGGCAAAAUAUCAAGAUCAAAACAGGAAAGGGAAGACAAGUAGUGGGAUUCCGACUUGCAAGACAUGUGGGAAGCAUCAUUCGGGUGAAUGUUUGUUGGGAAAGAAAGGAUGCUAUAAAUGUGGGCAAGAUGGACAUCCGUAUUAUAGGUGCCCCGAAAACUUAAAAGCGUGUUACAAUUGUAACCAAACGGGGGCAAAGAAAGAUGGAAAGAAGGAUUAG